CUGUAGGUGUCAGUGCGACUUGCAUAUGCGGAUGACGGACAAGUACAGCAGGAACGGCGGCGGUGAACCUGAGUACUCAAGCUCUGACGUCCAUCCGUUCUGCUGCGUUGACAUCGACAUCGUCGAAAUCUCGACGGUGAUCAACGGCGACGACGCCGACAUCGACAACUUCUGCGGCACGGUCGAGUCGCAGAUGGUCAUGUCGAGUGGACCGCGCAUGAUCGUCACGUUCCGUACGUACCAGCCGCCGCAGCGCGCCACCGCAGACUACAGGGGCUUCCUGGGACUGUACAGCUUCGUGAACA